AUGGCUGAAGCUAAAUUAAAAUCAAAAUUAAAGGUGAAAAAAUCCGAGCAAGUAAAUGAAUCGGUGAAAUCGAUUGGGGAUAUAGUCUCUCCUAGGCUACCUAAAGUUACAAUUCCAUCGUUUGAUAGCAACCCGUUAAGAUGGCCUAUAUUUUAUGCUACUUUCAAAUCAUUGGUGCAUGAAAACAUAAAAUUGGAUAGUAUUUCCAAAUUACAUUAUUUAUUAGGAAGUUUAACUCACAAUGCACUCGCUUUAUGUAGUGGGGUACCUCCUACACCUGAAAAUUAUUCAAUUAUGUGGGAUUCAUUAAUUGAUAAAUAUCAAGAUUCACGGCAGAUAGCCUUUGUGUAUUUGGAUCAAAUUUUGAAAUUCAAACCCUUUUUAGUGGAAAGUGGUCAAAAUUUAAACUUAUUUGUUGAAAAAUUUGAUAGUGCCGUUAACGCUUUAAAGGAAGUAAAGGUGGGAGAGUUAUCCGAUUUUAUUUUAAUGACAAUUGCCUUACAAAAAUUAGAUGUGCAUACACAGAAGUUAUUUGAACAGUCAUUGGCUAAAGGGGUCAUUCCCACUUACAAUGAACUUUCCGUUUUUAUCAAAACCCAAGCGAAAAUACUGAGUCGAACUAGUGGUUCAGCUAAUUCCAGUAAGCAAGCAAAUUCUAAGGCGGUGAUGCAUUCUUUUGCUAUUAGUGCCGAUUCAAAUUCAUCCGAUGUUAUGAGUAAUAAUACGUAUGAGAAAUUAAUUUGUCCAAAAUGUAAGGGAGAUCACACAUUAUUCAAGUGUCAUAAAUUUAUGUCUUUAACGCCUACGGAACGAGUCCAUGUGGUUAAAGCACAUAAUUUAUGUUUCAACUGUUUGCAUUCCAAUCACGGUGUAAAGAAUUGUAGUUCAAACUCGAGCUGUCGUAAAUGUUCAAAACGCCAUCAUACGCUUUUACAUUUUCAUCAUAAGUCAGAUGCCAAUGGUAAAGAUAAUUCAGAAGUUUUAAAGGGUAAUCCCUCCACAUCGAGUGUGUCAGUUGAAUCCAAGCCAUCUCCUCCGGUGAGUUUGUGUUCGACAUCAGAAUUAGUGCAAUCGAAAUAUACUGUAUUAUUGGCUACAGCUCAAGUACAUGUUGCAUCUCAUUUUGGAGAAAAUUUUUUAUUUAGAUUUUUGAUUGACAGUGCAAGUCAAUGCAAUUUCAUAACUCAGAGGUGUUGUCAAAGACUCAAGUUACCAGUGAAUCGAGCAUGUCUGACCGUGUCAGGAAUUGGUGUUUCCGAAAAACGCGUCAACGGACAAGCUCAAUUAAACUUUUAUAGUAAAUAUGAUAUUCACAAUAAAUACACGAUGGAUGUUUUAAUAGUUGAUAAAAUUACGGAUCAGUUGCCAACCUGUGUGAUUGAUAGUGAAGUGUGUGAUACAUUUAAAAAUUUGCGUUUGGCAGAUGAUGAAUUUUAUCGACCGAGUGAGAUUGAUGGAAUGAUAGGCGCCGAGUUAGUGCCCUACAUUCUGAAGGGACUUCGAAUCACAGGUCCGGAUUCGCCAGUCGCCCUUGAUUCGACGUUAGGUUUCAUUAUUAUGGGUAAAGCGAAAGCUGAAGUCACUAAUAACAUUAUUCAAUCUUAUUGUUGUGUUAACUCUCCCCUUAAUAUGGAUCAACUCAUCCAACAAUUUUGGGAUAUAGAGGAAGUGCCAAACUCUACCGUGUUAAACGCAGACGAUUUAGAGUGCGAAAAAUUAUUUGCGGCGUCUGUUAAGCGAGACGUAAGUGGUCGAUAUGAGGUAGCUUUACCAUUUAAAAGGAUUUUUUCUGAUUUAGGAGACUCUUAUACUUCUGCUUUAAGACGAUUCCAAAACUUAGAAAAACGAUUCGCCUCUAUGCCUUUGUUUAAAAAACAAUAUAUGGAAGUUAUACGUGACUAUUUCGACCAAGGUCAUCUGAAGACCAUAAGUGGUCUACAUCCUAAAUCAUGUGGCUACUUUAUUCCUCAUCACGGGGUUUUUAAGGCUAGCUCCAGUUCUACACCAUUACGAGUGGUUUUCGAUGCGUCCGCGAAAACCGAUAAUGGAAUAUCUUUAAACGAUGCUUUAUAUAUCGGUCCGAAAUUACAAACUGAUAUUUUUGACAUUCUACUUAAUUUUCGUUUAUUUCAAUUUGCUAUGACAUCAGAUGUGAAACAGAUGUUUUCUGCUGAAGAACCUAUUCAAAUUUGCCAAUUAACCACGGUUGCCUUUGGGGUUAAGAGUUCUCCCUACUUAGCUUUACGCACUUUACGCCAAUUAGCUAACGAUGAAGCGAAAAAAUUUCCUUUAGCGUCCGAGAUAAUAUUACGUGAUAUCUAUAUCGAUGACAUAAUUUGUUCUGUGGCCGAAAAGUCGAUCGCGCAUAACAUUUAUCGUGAAUUUGUCGGUUUAUUCCGAGCAGGAGGCAUGGAACUAGUAAAAUGGGCGACUAAUUUACGUGAGUUAUCUGAUGAAAUUCCUGAUCAUGCUCGUUCAAAUCAAAUUUUGGAAUUCCCUACGGAGUUUUUGAAGGAUAACAUUAUUCGGGUAGGAGGUCGUUUAGUCAAUGCGGUGAUUGCUUACGACCAACAACAUCCCAUGCUACUCCCCAAAAGAGAUCAUUUUGUUGAUUUAUUAAUCGAUUAUAAUCAUCGAUUCAAUUUACAUGCCCGACCUCAUUUAUUAUUGUCCGUAUUGCGUCAAAAAUAUUGGAUUUUAGCCGCGAGAGGAACGGUCCGUGUUCGUGUACAAAAGUGUAAUACUUGUUUUAAAACUAAACCUCGUUCACACGCACCAAUUAUGGCUGAUUUACCCAGUGUCAGAGUAUCUCAAGCUAAGGCAUUUACUUAUACCGGUGUCGAUUAUGGUGGCCCAUUCUAUAUAACGUUAAGUAGGCAUCGUGGAGUACGAUCCCAAAAGGCUUACAUCUGUCUUUUUACAUGUUUGACAACCCGAGCGGUUCAUUUAGAAUUGGCAUCAGAUUUAAGUACGGAUGUUUUUUUAGCUGCGUUCAAGCGUUUUCUAUCUAGACGUGGGCCGUGUUCUACAAUUUAUUCUGACUCAGGUACAAAUUUUAUUGGUGCUAAACGAUAUUUAAAUGAGUUGUAUGAAUUUGUUCAAUCUAAUCUCUACCAAUCAGCUGUAAAUUCAGAGUUGUCUUGUCGACGUAUCAUUUGGCGAUUGAAUCCACCCACUGGGAGCCAUUUCGGGGGAGCUUGGGAGAGUAUGAUAUAA